GUUGAAUAACACAGUGAAUCAGUUCAUUUGAGUUUCAUUUUGCACAUACACACAGCGUAGCCGUCGCACAUUUUUGGCAUCAAAUAAGCCAAUCAUUUCUCUUCAAUUCACAUCAAAUUCAAUAAAACGAAAUUUAUUGAAUCAAAUCAAUCGACCAUAAAUUGCCAUCGUUUCGAGAAAUUAAGUUGUGCUUCAAUUAAUACGAGUUGAUAUAUUGUUUUAUCAAUAGAAAAAUUAUUCGAAACAUCUGUAUGGUUUAAAAUGAUCGCGUAAAAAAUGAAGUGAUCAGAAUCGGAACGCAUGGAAUCUUGUUUUUUAUUCGUUGCAUUUUUUGCGAUUGCUGUUUUUAUUUAUAUCUCAAAGUUAUUAGCAGUGUUUUUUUUUAUCUAAAAAUGAAAUGUAAAUAAAAUAACAGAACAUUCACUACGUUUUAAAUGAUUUAGUGCAAUUAGGUCAAAAACAAUAAAUGAAUAUCGCAGAUAAUUCGAUGAAAGAACCAAAGGCGCCACCAUCAAAAUUGUAAAUGAAAUUUAAAUAUUUAAAAGACAAAACAUCGAAAAAAAAAUAUAUUUAUAUUUGUCCGGUGUAUAAAUGAACGAUCCUUGUUUGUUUUGUUUGAGAUAAUGUAUAUUUUCACAGUGAAAAUAUAGUAUAAACACUGAAAGGUUAAACGAUAACAAAUUUCUACCGAAGAUUAUGCAAAAUUGAUUCGAAGAAUUGUAAACCAUAGUGCAAGAGGCAACGGAGAAAGAGAAAAAAAGAACCAGCGAGUAAGAGAAAUUGCCAAGAAAAAAUUUCUCGAUUAAAUCUCAAAGAAAGUUGAGUUGCAACCAGUUGUACAGGCUAUGACAAUUGAUGAAUUUCUUAAACAAUGAAAAGACUGAAUCCAUUCGAUAAUAACUAAUACAGAGUCCACGAAGAGUUUCGGGGGAUUUAUGAGCCAUAAUUAAAACGAGAGAAGGAACGACUUUUUUGAGUGUGUGUGAGAGAGAGAGAGAAAGAAAAGGAAAAAUGGCUCGACGCCAUUUGUAUUUAAAAAUAUUUACGAACCAUUUUUUGGGAAAUUUGAAAGCGAGUUUUUUCACCAUUCUAAUUCUAUCACAAUUAAUACUGCAAAAUGAUCGAUACGGUGUCAAAGCCUUUUCAAGUCGACCGUCGUCAUCGACAUCGUCCGCGAAAGCGGAAAAAUUUGGAGCAUAUAUGGAACGACAGCCUGAAUCAACCGUUGCCCCACUGUAUGAUGAGGUAUUGUUUGAGUGUGGCUUAAAUUUGGCAUCUGAUCGCAUCGAAUGGCGAUUUCGACCGCAAAAAGAACGUUCCAACAGCGGCAAUAGCUAUAGCGAUUAUAUCUACCUGAAUAAAAUGAGUGAAUAUAAUAUAACGAUCGAAGAUAGCAUAUCAAAAUUGCGCAUUUAUGUCAAUCAACAUUCAGCCGGUGAUUAUCAGUGUGUGGCGUGGCUUGGAGCCGCUGCUCUUGCAUCCAUCCCAGCCAAAUUAGUUUUGGCCAACAUAACGGUUGACACUUCCGUAAAUGCACGCGUCCUACAUUGGUUGGUACCACCUGGUAAUAAUAUUCUUAUUAAUUGCGGUGAAGUUAAAUCAAAUCCACAGCCCAUUUGGAAUUUUUACAAAGAUGAUCAACCAUUACCAAAUUCGAUUCCACAAUUGUCAACUGGAGCUUUAAUGUUGCAGUCUGUAACGAAUGUGGAUACGGGCACGUAUUGGUGUAAAGCUGUGAACCCGCUGACCGGUGUAGAAGUGACAUCGCUGCAAAAGACUAUCGUAACUGUUGACUAUACUCCAAAGGGGCCACCAUCUUUUUUGUAUAGUUCAUCAGAACAUGUCACCGUGAAGCCGGGCCAAACAACCCUUUUGGAAUGCCCAGGUGUUGGAUAUCCUGUUGUUAAACAGAGCUCCUGGAGUCGUCCAGGAACAGUCAUUUCGAAUAAUCGUACGUCUGUUUUUGGUACUGGCCUGCAAAUUUUGAAUACACGGCCAGAGGAUCGUGGAGAAUAUAUUUGUCAGCUUGACAAUGGCAUUGCGCCAGCAAAAAUGUUAGUCAUACGACUGGAUGUUUUGGAAGCGCCGAAAAUUGAAAAAGGUCCCAUCGAUACACUCACCGAUGAAGGUGAUCGACUUGAGUUGGAGUGCAUUGCACAUGGAUAUCCUAAGCCAUCCAUUUAUUGGUUGAUCAAUGGAGCCGAUACACGACUCGAUCAAGCAAUUCGCACGGAUGGCAAUCGACUGAUAAUUGACCAACUUGAAAAGAAACACGCUGGCAUUGUUCAAUGCUUUGCACGAAAUGAAGAGGGUGAAGUUUGCGAAAGUAAACUUCUUCAAGUCAAACCAAAACCAAUUUCAGGUGAUAUGAUUGGCACACAACCACUUGGAACUAUUCCACAUUUGUCGAAGGCAAAUCGUGAACGCAGCAAUAAAUUUGGCAAAGGCAAAAAGAAACAUAAGCACCCAAUUAUGGUGCCACCAACACGACCGAAUGUGACUCGUUUGGCUGAUGAUAAGGUGAUGGUGCGUUGGUCGGUGCCGCCGCAUGACGAAGGUUUAUCCAUUCUCUUCUUUAAGGUCCAAUACCGUUUGCUUGGGAGCACCACGAAAGCAUCAAAACGCUCCCAAUGGAUGACAUCCGAUGUGGAUAUUCCAAAAAAUACAUUUAUGUACGAAGUGGAUUGUUUAAAACCGGGCAACUAUUAUCGAUUCCGUAUCGCCGCUGUGUACUCAAACAAUGACAAUCAAUUGAGUAAUGCAUCACGAAACUUUUUAUUGCAUCGCCAUGAAGAUUUGGAUGUCAAGAAUAUCCAUUUGCCAGCGCCAAAUCUAACGAGAGUCGAACCAAUCUCGGAAACAUCGAUUGUACUUCACUGGACUUUACCUGAACACAAUCAAAUCGAUGUGGAUGGUUUUUAUGCAUACUUCCGUCCAGCAUCGACAGCUGGCGAAUACAUGAAAGCAACAAUCGAUGGCAUGGAAAAACGUUACUUCCAAAUUGACCAAUUAGAACCGGGAACCGCUUACGAAUUCAAAUUACAAAGUUUUACAUCGUCAGCCGCAUCCGAUUUUAUGGCUAUUAUAACUGGAAAAACAUUAAAGCCGUCAACUCCAGCUCCAAUCGAUCCAAGUGUCAUAACAAAAAGCAAUACUGCAGCCAAAGCACCCAAACCAUAUGUCUUACUUGUGGCUGGUUUGAUUGGAACCUGCUUUAUCUUGCUGCUAACAUUCGUUUUCUUGUGUUUCUUCAUGAAACGACGAAAGAAAUCUGGUUUGCAUGAUGCCAAUGAAAACAAAUCCCAUCCCGACCACAUACAAGCCGAAGCCAAUGGAUUUCCGGUUGCAAACGUCAUUGGAAGCAACGGCAGAAUCAAUUCGCCAGUAUAUAAGAAUCGAUUAAAUGGCGUUAUACCGCGUAUGAAUAUGAAUAUAACACCGAAUCCCUUAGCCGACGGUGAUAAGAAUCGCACUGUGAUGGAGCUACGAUUUCUGCAAUCGAUGACAACCACGUCUGGGGCUGCCGCGGACAAUCAUCACCAUCAUCCACAACACACGCACAUCCAAAACAACAAUUGUGAACCGUCGCCCGGAACUGAGCAUCACAAUCGUCGUAAUCAAGUGAAUCGAUUACCACCGCAACCUUUCAAUGGAACGUUGAUAAAUGGCUUACCGACCGUGCAGAAUAUUGGUUCGACAACGGAAAUCGGUAUACCACAAGUGACCGAUUUAAAUAAUCGCAUUCCAAUUCCAACUUCGUUGCGUCGUACACCACGUCGAACAACCACUGGCGCCACAAAUGGCCUACCAAUUCCAAAUAGUCCACGUUUUAUGCACCACAAUCGAUCGCCAAUACCGAGCCGCGUUGCUGCUGCUGUUGCAUCUAGCAAACGACAUCGGCUCGGUGGUCGCAACAACGAGAACAUUUCAUGUGGAAGUUUAAACAGUAUUGAAGUGUAGCAGCCACUUAAGAACAUGCACAACAUAAUUUAUUUGUAGAUUCUUUUUUAAACUUAAAAUGGCAUCACAAUUUUCAUCCAUUAUUUUAUAAGUUGAUUAACCAUAAGACAUACCUAGACAUACGCGAUUUUAUUUAUGAAUCUCUUUGUGAUAUCAAUCUGGGUGAAUAAAAAAAAUCCCAUUAAAAAUUUACGUAAAUUUUAAUUUUUCAAAAAUUGUGAAUUUUAAGACAUCCAACGUAUCCAUUUAAGAAUUUAUCUGUUAAAUAUAUUGAAUAAUAAUAGAUUUAUUCAAUAGGUAUCACAAAAUGAAUACAGGAAAUUCAUUCAUUUAAGCUAGAAAAAUAAUAAUUGUAAAAUCGCGUAUAGUUCUGUUCGGCGGCCGGGCAGAAUCAAUAGCUCUUUAAGCAAUAGACCUUUUGGUUCUACUUAUAUUUGAGAAUUAGAGAAUACAAGACCUUGUAAAUACGUUUUAUUUUAUUUAUGCUUCACAUUGAGGCCAGUCCAUAAUAAGGAAAUAAAUAAUAAUUUAGUCACCUCCUUUGACUUAAAAAUUUAGGUUAGAAUUUAGAUAAACUAAAAUUUUAACAUUUUAACUGAUUCUAUCGAACUGAGUGCAAAAUCCCAAUUCAAUUAACAUGGAGUACAAUUCCAAUCACGGCCAUAGCUUAGUAGUCCAUUGGGCCCGCAUGCACAAUAUUCAAAUCGUGUAAAUUAUUGUGUUAAAAAAAUGAAAAAAAAAUCUGUUCUUUCUGAAA